AAUUAGAUUUUAUGAAUUAUUCAAUUGAUUGAUAAUUAAAAAAUGAUAAAGAAAAAUACAAAUGUACAUGUACAUGGUUUAAGAAUAAACAAUAUUAUAUAUUGAAAGAUAAACCAUAAUUUACUGACCUUUUCAGUUAAGUUUUGACUUAUGAUCGUCGGUCAAUAUGACAAUUGAAUUCUUAAAAUUUAUUUUACAAUUUUAAUAAAAAAGAGUAGUAAACAUAAAAACUCAGUAUUAAAAUAGCACAUAAACCACAAAAAAAGAAAAGAAAACAAUAUUCAUAAAAUUUGUUUUUUUUAUUAAAAUUAAUAGAUAUUACAAUUAUUGUAUAAUAAACAAUUAUGCUCAACAUGAUCAACAUGGUAAUAUAACCAGUGUCAUAUUUCUACUAAGUGUGAACAGAUACCUUAAGAGGGGGUCUUCGCUAAUAGCGAUAACAUAAUAAGGGACAAUUACAAAGGUGUGGUACGUGUUGAUCAUGCGUUACACAUAUUGAUUAUAAAUGAUUGUAUACAUGUAUAUCCGUUGCUAUUAAUAACCACGAUCAUAAAGACAUAACAAGUAAUAUUCUAAUCUCUAGCAUGCCAAUCAAAGUUCAUAAUGAACAAUGUCUUUCGUCCGCUCAUUCAUAAGUGAUAUACAUUUCUGGUAGUUUAUAAGAAUAUCUUGUCAUCAUAUGUCUACUAGUUCAUCUUCACUUGCUGCAUUUCUUGCUUGGACGCCCUUUGAUGCUUUGCAUCAAUGCUUUUCUUGUAUGUAAUCUAGACGGAAGUAACAUCGCUCCAAUGCACCCAUUCAAUAUACGUAUUGGGUUUAUAAAAAAAACUGGAUGUAAACACGCGUGCCGUUUUAGGAUAAUAUUAACAUCGAUUUAAGUCAACCUCCGUAAAGUUUAAACAUAAUCAAAUUUUAAACGUACUGUCAAUGCAGAAAGAUAUAAUUAUGUGUUCUUAGAGGAUAUACCUAAAAUACAAAUAUGAUUUUGAAAUAUAAAGUCACCAUCUUGCUCUCACUUUUGUUUUGCUGUAAAUGGAUAUUAGCAGCUGGUGGUGAAAUAGACGAACGCUGCAAAAUUGAAUGCGCAUGCUGUAAAAAUGAAAAUUGUGGACCUGAUGGUUUCUUUCCUGAAGGUAAUUGUUAUGAUGGUUGCAUUGAUGGAUAUCGAGGUGUUCGUUGUUAUGAUAAAUGUACCUUUAACUGUCCAAAAUGUGACAAAUAUGCUAAUAUCUGUGAGUCGUGUUAUGACGGUUUCUAUCUUGAAGAUACCAAAGACUGUUCAGGAGUGUGUCCUUCUAAAUGUGUAUCUUGUACAUCGUCCAUAGUUUGUACAAAAUGUAAAGAUGAAUUUUACAAUGACCAUGGUUCUACAGACUGCAGGUAUCGUAAAUGUCCGGUAAACUGUAAAUGUGAACAAAAUAUAUGUGUUGAAUGUCAGGCGGGUUAUUUUGGUCCUAGCACUACAUGUGUCGAGACUUGUCCUUCUAACUGUAAUACAUGUCAAUCGAAAGACUUGUGCCAAUCAUGUAAAGCCGGAUAUUACAAUGGUAAACAGCUUGAUAAUCCUCAAAAUCCUGUGAUGUAUAAUUGUGUUCAUCAAUGCCGAGCUGAAUGUACAAGUUGCUUGACUUUCAAUAAUUGUACAUCAUGUGUGACGGGAGCAUUUGGCCCAACAUGUCAGCAGCAAUGUUCUACUGGAUGUGAAAAGAACGUUUGCAAUAUAGAAAAUGGUAACUGUAUUUGCAAGCAGAACUUUGAAGGUGUAAAUUGUACAAAAUGUAUUCCUGGUAGAUAUGGUGACUCGUGUGAAAAAACUUGUCCUCUUUAUUGCAAAAACGAAAUUUGUGAUCAAAGGUCGGGUAAAUGUAACGAGUGUAUUAGAGAAACUAUAACUGGUCGGUUUUGCGACACAUGCAAGGACGGCUGGUAUGGUGACACCUGUAAUCUGAGUUGUCCGACUUAUUGUAGGGACAAUACAUGUGAAAGAUAUAUAGGUUCAUGUUAUGACUGUACAAAUAAUUUUGACGGGAUAAGGUGUGAAGAAUGUGUAUUUGGUAAAUAUGGAAAGAAAUGCGACUUAGUGUGCCCUAAUAAUUGCGCUGAUGGGAUAUGUAACCAAGGGUCGGGAUAUUGUUUAUCUUGCAUGAAUAACUAUUAUGGAAAUGAAUGCACAAUCUGCAAAGAAGGUUUCUAUGGUGUAAAGUGUGACCAAAAUUGUUCUUCAAACUGUUUAUACGGUGUUUGUAAUCGACUUGAUGGCGAAUGUCUCUACGGUUGUAAAGCCAACUUUUCUGGUGAUAAAUGUUGCGUCAAUAGUGAGAACUGUUUGAUAUGCGAUACAAAUACUGAAUGCAGACAAUGUAAAGUAGGAUUUUACAACGAAAUCUGUAACGAUGAAUGCCCGCUGAACUGUGUUAAAGAUAGCGAAAAAUGUGAUAAGAAGACUGGACACUGUUUAUCUGGAUGUAUUGCCGGUUACUUUGGAGGUGACUGCAAGGCAUCUUGCAGCAGAUUAUGUACAGAUAACGUUUGCGAUCAGAAUACAGGAAGGUGUUCGAAAGGAUGCGAUAGCCUAUCACGUGAGAUAGUGUGUCUGCCAUACACAGAAAACCAAACGCAAACAGAAAAUAACAACAACAACAACAACAAUAAUCCGACUGCUGUCAUAGUGAUGGGAGUAAUAAUAGCUGUGUUGGUGAUUAGUUUAGCCGUGUCUAUGAUUUUUCUUUGGAGAGCACGAUUUUCCCAAAAUAAUACAGGUGGCAAGACAAUAUCAACUGAAAAUAAUAUACAGGAAGGUAGUGACGGGCACACCACAUCUCAGAAAAAUCCUGUUUACUACAAUGUGAUGGAGACAGAUUCAGAUUCACAGAUUGCUAAAGAAACAGAGAAUAACGAGUAUGAGAAGAUUACUUCCCUACACGGUUCAGAGCACGAAUAUGGACAUAUCACGGUUGGUGUUUAAAUAACCAAUGAAGCUAUGUAGAAUAUAUAACAGGAGACAGACACUUGUGUAAGAUGAAAUGAGCACUUGCAACACUUUGUUUGAAAUAAAUUCAUUCCUGUUACUGUAUAUAACGAACGCAUAUUUACGAUAUUUUCAUUUUUGAUUUUUUUUUAAAUGCAUCACUGGUCAUGAGUGAAAGUGCUUUUUUACCGUGAGAAGUGUUGUUGACAUACCAAUUUGUUUCUUGGCAAAUAACAUUAAUGAAUAAAUUUCCUAGCUUUAUAUAUUUCUAUAUUUUUUAUAUUUUAUUUUAUUCUUCUUUUAAAUUUUACGUUGCAUAUAUACUAUUGACACAUACUACUAUAAUGCAUGUAUGUGCUCAUGUCAAUUUAAUAUUGAUUCAUUUUGAACCGUUUCUAAACGAAAGUAAUAAUUAUAUAAGGGUAACAAAAGACGCAGUUACAUCAAAGUUAAAAAAAAAUGUACACGGAUACCUUGAUUUAAAGAGAGAUAAUUAAAUAUUUUAAGCAAAAACAAAAAACUUUCUCUUCGAUAAUUCUAGUAGUUUGUAACAUUUUCAUUUUUUUUUUUUGUUUAUUUUAUCCAAUGGUAAAUGAAUGUAUGAUGCAUACAACUUAACAGACUUGGGUGAUUGUAUUAUGUCUAUAAUUUUGUGUAUCUAUAUUUCAGUUGUAUGUGUAAACAUUUAUUUUUUGUUAGUGUGAUAAUAUGUGUACGUUUUAUGACAUAGUUACUAUUUUCUCUUUUAUUUUGUUAUACUUCUUCAUCUUUAUAAUAUUUAUAAUAUAUAAAUAAAUAGUACAAAAAUAAAGAAAGAAAGAAAUGAAUAAAGAAAGAAAGAAAAUAUGCUUGUUUCUAUGCAAUACAUUUUAAAAUAAUGA